GACAACAAACCCACGAGUCCGUUGGUUCCGCGUCAACAUUGAAAUAACUUUUCUAACAAAAUUUUUUGUUUUUCCACCACCGCCACCAGACCUUAUCGAAUAUUUCUGCACUCCGAUUCCCGAUAGCAAGAUGUUUAACAGACAAACAAGUCUGUGGAUGGGUGAUCUGGACCCAUACAUGGAUGAAAACUUCAUUAAACAAGCCUUCGGUGCUAUGGGAGAGUCGCCGUUUGGAGUCAAAAUCAUCACUCACAGGAUCACAGGUGGUUCGGCAGGAUACUGCUUUGUGGAGAUGGCAGACGAAGAGAGUGUUGAUCGCUGCGUUGAAAGACUCAAUGGAAAACUGGUUCCCGGAUCAAACCCGCCUCGCAAGUUUAAGCUAAAUUUUGCCACCUAUGGGAAACGGCCAGAGGCAGGGCCCGAGUUCUCAGUCUUUGUGGGCGACCUGUCCUCUGAGGUGGAUGACUACCAGCUCCACCAAGCCUUUAAGAAGUUCCCCUCCUGCAAGGGAGCCAAAGUAGUCACCGACCAGUAUGGCUACUCCAGAGGCUACGGCUUUGUCAAGUUUGCCGAUGAAAGUGAGCAGAAGGCGGCCAUCGAGGAGUGCCAGGGCACGGUGCUCGGCGGGAAAGCACUCAGACUCAGUUUUGCAGUGGCAAAGAGUCAAAAGACAAACACCUGGGUGAGCCAGACUCCCAGUUACCAGAGCAAUUACAGCCCGUCUCCAUCCAGCUACUAUGGUGCUGGGGGGCAAGGCUACUACCCUCAGUGGGGCGCUUGCGGUCAGUACAGCGGCUACAGCAAUGGCAGCUACAACUACAACUACAACUACUCGCCCUACGGGUACCCUCCGCCCAGCCAUAUGAUGCCGCCACCUCCCGUGGCGAUGCCGCCCACGUCUGCUGACGUGACAGGAAGCGUCCAGGAGAGCCAUGAAGACUCUGGAGAAAGAGAGGAGGAGGAUGCAGAAGCAACAAUCCAAGAAUGCAACGUGGACCAGUGGAACGAAGACUUUAUGCAGCGCAGCGAAGAGCUCUAUGACGCCUUGAUGGACUCUCACUGGGAACCACUGGACUCCUAUGACUCUCCCAUACCCCCUCUGUCGUGAUGCAUUCUUGCCGUCCUUCAAUUCCUCCACAGACUUGACCCACAAUCUUCUGCGACACCUAAGUUAUUCAACUCAUCAUCAAAUAGUCACACCUUUAUUUUAUUGUUUACCAUGUUGGUAAGAUCCAGAAUGGCUGGUAAAAUAAUGUUCAGCCACAGUGUUUGUGGCUUGUUGACAUUGUUAGUCACGUUGACAUUAGCUGUAGCCAGCUAGUUAGAUUGUAUGAUGAGGCGGUGUGUCUGAUGUAAGGGAAUGUGGCUUAGCAGGGCUGCAGUUGCAAGAACCUUCAGGCGGCGUACCAAGGAGCGCCGUCGUUCUCCGCUUGCGUGAUGUAUUUCCCAAGUUCCCAGCACCAUCUUCCGUUGGGAGUUUUGGCUUUGUAUUUUGUAUAUUUCUUAUUUCCAGACGUGUGUGAUCAAUUAAAAAAGGAAAUGUACGAGUCUCCUGGCUUUGGAGUUGAAACGAUGAUGGGAGAAUGAUUCGACAAUUUUUAUUGGGCAGUUGCCAUCCACAGUUACGCAGCAAUUAUUCAUACGCUUGCCUGUUUGAAGCCCUAAGGUAGAAGAAGGAUAUCCGUUUUCAUGCAAAAGCUGUACAAUGUUUAUAUUAUGUGACUUAACAGGUAGCAGCUGUACCAUUACACCACCAAGGACUAACAGGUGAGUAGCUAAAUUCUGCCAAUUUAUUUUUUUAUUACUUGGUUCUCUUUUUUUUUUCUCUCUCCUGCCUCAGGCUGGCUUGGCGAGAACAAAGUGACACCACCUGACUUGGUCCCCACGGUGACGCUUACGUUCUUCACCAUAGUGAGAUUUUACAUGUACUGUAAAGUGGAACCACACACCUUCACAAAUCACUAUUCACUGCCACAAACGGGGGUGAGGGUGGGGGGUACUACAUCUACGAUAACACAUCUCAGUCACUAUGAGUGGGUAAUCUACUAAACAGGUGAUAAUACAGGUCAAAUGUGCAGCAUAUUAUGUACCAAUGUUCAAAAUAAUCAUUCUUUUUUCCUGAAGCGUUGAGAUUUCCCAUUUUUAGGGGGUUCUUGAAUGCACCGUAGCUGUGUGCAUUCUACGCCAUGACUGAUUCCAUCUGCUCAUCAUUGAUUGGUGGUGAGUAGCGAUUUUAUUCAUUUUUCACUUAUACAUUUUCCUAAAUGUGUUUUCAUAAGAAUUGGGGGCAUAUUUGGGGAUUAAACCUUCAUUGUGAAGAGAGUGAACUGUAGCAAUUGAGAGAAGGAGGGGGUUCUGGAGCUGAAUCCAAUCUAACUGCAACACUCACUUUUUUGGCAAAUGCUGAUCUGACAUCCAGCGAAGAUGAUGAAGAGUUUUAGGGUCUUUCUUUACAACUCAAGGUUUCUGUCCUCACCUUCUGACACCUCAAAGUGCAGCCUGGGGGCCAUUUGCGGCACACUCUCAAAAUAGAAUUGAAUGAGAAUAUACUAAAAAAAAUCAGCAAAAUUGGAGGAAAUAUGGUUGUAUUUUAACGAGAAAGUCAAUUUUAUGAGAAUGUCAUUUUAUUAGCACAAAUGACAUAAGAAUAAGACUUAAGUUGUAUGAGAAACAAAACACCAUUUUGGAAAUUUUGGUUGCAUAAAGCUAUCAGAAUAAACUCAUAAUUCGGAAAAAAAUUGGUGCGAAAAAAGUUGAAAUGGUUGUAAAAUCAAAUAAAAGUAAUUUUACAAGAAAUGGUCAACAUUGUAAGAGAAAAGUUGUAACCCAUUACAAGAGUAAACUGGUAAUAUUAUAACAAAUCAAAUGGGGGGAAAAAAAAACAAAAAAUUGAAAAGUCAGCAGUUAUUUAAGGAGAAUAAAUUAAAAAUGUUAAGAGAAAAAAAUAUUUUAUGUGAAUAAACUAAUGUGGUUUUGGGUGAAAACAAUGGGGGAAAAAAGAACCAAAUUAAUAAUAUGCUUUUUCACUUUGAUAAAACAUCUUAGCAUAUGAACUUCUAUACAACAUGUCGAACUGUAAUUUUUCAUGAUGUGGCCUUUGCUGGAAAACCCUUUGGACACCCCAGGGGGUACGUGUCUUGCCAUCUUACGUAGGACACCAGUGCUUAUGUUCUUCAGGAUAUUCUAAAUGCUUGUGGUGGUUAUGAGUAACAAGUAGACCUGUCAUGUUAAGGGAUAAAUCGACUUAUCCAACAAUCUUCCUUGAAGCUGUCCUUCUGAUUUGAUUGUAAAAACCUGGAAAAAGAAGCUGAAACGUUGUCAAACCCAAACGUUUUCAGUCUACAGCAGAAAUAAAGGUUCACUGGUCCAGUACUUCUGGAGCUUUCUCAAAUGAAGUAUGAAAGUCUUUCGGUUUCGCCAGUUUAUAUUAUGUAUGUCUUCCCACGUCAAUUCUGGUUCUUGAACAAUCCCAGUCCAGGUCCCCCAGGGCAGUACCAGCUGGGACCUUGACAGUACCAACCCUGGUAUAAUCCCCUCCAGCUCAAGCAGCCUAGAGCGCCUCCUAGCAACUGUGUGGGGAACUGAGGGAAGUAGGCAAGGAGACAAAGGAGCAGGAAGAGCCAGAGGCAGAGCAGAAGAACACAGAACAAAAAAAGGAUCCGAAGCGGAGCAUCAGAAAAGCCACCCUGGCUGAGAUAAGGCCCAAACACUGCUGUUUCUUCAGAAAGCAGCAGACAGCAGAGACAGAGGAGGAAGACGUCCUCCGAAACCUCAUAUCCUCUCCACAGCAUCCCGGCUCGCAGACAUUCCGCCUUGCUCUCCCCUUCUCGUAACACCAAGACAGGCUGACUGUUAUUGAUGUCCGGGCUGCCCACAAGCGGCUCAUAGCAGCUUCCUGUAGCGUUUUCCAGAAGGUCCAGAAGUUUGCAGAAGACAAACCACAGUCCACCAGCCGCUCCCAGCCGAGAGAGGUGGCGGCAUGACAGUGAUAGGGAUCGGCGGGUGGAGAAGGACAGGAGAAAAACAAAGGAGCCGACCAGGAUGCACGUCCAACCCCAACCAGAUCGCAAAAACAUCCUGAGAGAACAGGAGAAACCAAUAAAUAACCCAGAACAUUUUUGGAUUACAGUGGAACCUCAGUUUGUACAUGCCCUGAUUGGCGUGUUUUUCUAACCAAAGGUAGACAGGAAACAACCUCACCUGUAGAGGAAGUGGCUUCUCUUGGCAAACACACUGUGCUGGGAGACCCACAAACUCAGCACAGGGCCGAACAUCACCAUGGCCGACAGCAGCAGGUGAAAGUGCCGACGGAACAACGUGUUGCCCAGCAGGUGGGCAGCCAAGUCCGUCAGGACCACCAGGACCGUGUUCAGGAUCAUCUGGACCCAGAACCAAGACUGACUGGGUGAAAUGGAACCGACAAGAGACUCCUUGUUGUGGAACGUAGAUCCUGUAGAGUUUCGGAGCUGCUUGGGUUAGCUGCGUCUGUGCGGGACAACACGGACAUUCUGGCGGCUGACUUUUGGCAUCUCGGGCUCCAAAUAUGUUCGCAGUGUCGAAUCCAGUUGUGAAGUUCUAAGCUCUGACACUUAGUCCAUUAUUUUCAUGGACAGAAUUUCUAGGUGU